UGGACGAUGGACCAUGCCCAAUGCUGGCCUUCUCGUCGAGCACACGGAGCGCUUGCGCGCGCUUGGCACCGCCUCUUCUGUUAACGAGACGCGUGUGGAUGUGUCCCUCGACGACGUGCUCAGCGCAGUACUCAAGAGUCUCGUGGCGGUCGUCCCGUCGCAGUCGGCCUCGGUCUUUAUCUAUGACAAGCGCAGCCGCAUGCUGCAACUCGCGGCCGUGCACAACGUCAAACGACCGCUCAAUGGCACCUUCUCGACGGCCAUGGGCCUCGUCGGGCGGUGCUUCUCGCGCAAAGCAACGAUCAACAUUUGUCGCCCCGAUGCAGUCUCGACCUCUCUCCUUCUUGACCCGCUUUACGAUGCCAAAGUCGAUGGCAAGAUGCAUGCGUCGGCCGAAAACAUGCUUUGCCUCCCGUUGCAGCGGGAGAUUCACCGCGCCAUUGGCGUUGUGCAGAUGGUGAAUCGCAUCACUCCAAAGUCUGCACACGGGACUGCCGUUUUGCUUGAGGAGCGUUCAUCGAGCGAUUUGGGCGUGACCACUCCCAAUAUGUACAGAGCGUCCGAGGUCGAGUCGCUGGGCACCCUCCUGCAGCUCAUUGCGCCGACGAUCGAUGCGGCGUGGCAUGCCAAGCUCGCGACCGAGUCGACGACGCAACAGCACCAAGACAGCGCCAUGGACCUCUUGAACCUGCUCAACUCCAAGCUCACAGGCGAAAAGGUCGACUUUUCUACAAAGCUGCGUACGAUCGAGGACGACCCUGUCACGCUUGAUGAGCCGAUCAAAAUGCCCGAGCCGCCGCGCCCGUCGCCGACGCGCAAGUCGAUGCGCAACCGCAUUCGCCAAUCGAUUCUGCGCAUUCCACGCCCCCCUGUCUACACGAUCCGACAAGUCAAGGCAGCGACGCGCAUCCAGGCAGGGUGCCGCGGCUGGCAGAUCCGGCGGCUGCACUACUUGGCGGUGCUGCGACAGGAGCGCGACGCAGCGGCGCUCUUUCGAAGCGACAUGGCCAUCGUGCUCCAAGCCGUUGCUCGCCGGUUCCUUGCUCGCUUGUACGCGGUCGCCCUCCGUCGCGCCUACGACCUCAUGGCCCGCGCCAUGUGGCAGUACCUCGUGCGGCUGCGGGAGCGCAGCGACUCCACCAAGCGGACAGUCUCGCCCAAGAUCAAGUACACGUGGGUGCGCGCGGCGUCCAAGCUCGCGCAGUUAAGGACGCGCGCGCCGUCGCCUGACCGACUCUCGAGCAUACAAAAGAUUAUGAAAAAGCACAAGCGCCACGACCACGCGCUCGCGAACCCUAGCCGCAUGCACGCUGUCUUUUCCAAGUUGCAGGCGCGCUACCGCGGGUUCGCGGUGCGUCAAAAAGUUCAGCACGCACAGAGUAGCCAGCGUGACGUGGCAACGCCUGCGAUCGUUCGUUUGCGCGCCAACAACAACAGCGACCACCGACCCGUGUACAAGUACCCGUCGUCGACCCAUGUUGGGCGGCUGCAGUAUGUGAGCUUGCACCGGAGCCAAGGACGGGCGAGUGCACUGCAGCAGUUCUUUGACACGGCGCGAGGCCAAAUGGCCUCACCGCGACGACCCCUACAGAACCAAGACGACCUUGCAGUCACCACGGCUGCGUCGCUCGCGUCGCGACGCCUGAUCACCGCCAUCGAUCGUCCGGCCACGACACCGAGCCCGGUGCCAAGCAAGCCACUACUGCCGCCCAUGUCGAGUGGCCGUUCGACGUCGUCUCGGCGCCCUGUCCCUCGACCCAAGCCGCGCUACCACCUUGAUAUGCGCCACGUGUACGCCCUGCGCGACAAGCAGAUAAUUGUGACCGUCCCGACAGCCAUAUACGAUCGCAACGACGAGCGCUGCUACCCCACAUACCGCAAAACGGCCUUUGAAGACGCUCUUGGUGUCGCGCCGAGUCGGCGACCACACGUCGGGCGCGUGCUCCGGGAACCACAACCGCCGCUGUUUGCAUCGCUCGUCUCGAACCCCAAGCACCACCGCGACGAAGCUACCCGCCGAGCACUCCACGAGCUCCAGACACGCCAGCAAGCGAGAAAGGACGUGCAACAGCAACGGCAAUCACCGACAAAGCUGUACGACGCCCUUCGCAUUGGGCAAGACGACGACGCUAAUCAGUGUGAAACGCGAGACGACCUGCACGAGGUGGCGGCCGUGUGUCGACGGCUGUCCAUGCAACACAGCGUCAAGCUCCACCUCGGCGCCUUGCGGCAGCGGGCUGGCACGGAGCGACACAUUGCCUUUGCGCCCAGCGCCAUUCUGUAG